UCCCUUUAUAGUCAGUCACCCAUUCCACUUGCUCAUUUUUCAAUUUCAUUCAACUAACCACUUAAUAAUUACCACCUUCCCACUACUUGUCAAGCAACUUCUCCAUCAAUAUUAUAUCCCAUUCACCAACUAUAUACUCACUUUCAAAUAUUCUCUCUUCUCCCACACUUACAUAAAUUCUAGCUAUAUACAAUCAUUCAAAUACAAUUGAAAAACAAUGGCACUUGAAGCUUUGAACUCUCCAACAACCACAACUCCACCAUCAUUAUUUCAAUUCCAAAAUAGCACUUUUACUCAAAAUUACCUUGAAUCAUGGACCAAAGGCAAGAUCAGAUCGAAACGACCUCGUAGCAUCGUCAUGGAGGAGCAACAACCAAUGAGUUCCGAAGAAGAAUACUUGGCUUUGUGUCUACUCAUGCUCGCACGCAGCAGUAAGAAUAACAAUUUGUAUAAGUGUUCAGUUUGCGGUAAAUGUUUUGGAUCUUAUCAAGCUUUAGGAGGGCACAAAACUAGUCACCGUAAAUUAGUCCUCAACGGAGAUAAAGUCUACGAACACUGUAUUAUUACCACUGGAGUAAGUGGAAGGAUUCAUGAGUGUUCCGUUUGCCAUAAGACUUUUCCAACCGGACAAGCUUUGGGUGGUCACAAAAGGCGACACUAUGAUGGGAAGGUGACGUCAUCAUUAUUGUCGGACGGUGUGGGGUCCACCAACAACUUUGACUUGAGCAUUCCAGCAGUGCCUGAAUAUUGGCCGGGUUUUGGAUCCGGCGAGGAUGAGGUGGAAAGUCCUCAUCCAGCUAAGAAAUCAAGACAAUUUCCGUCACUUGAAUUAUUCCUGCAGCAACAAUAGGAUUUGAUCAAGCUAUAUAUAUAUAUAUUUAAUUCAGAGGACUUAAAAGUACUAGUUCUUUGAGAGAGUGGGUAAAAUUAUUUUUUAUUUUGUAAAUAUCGCAAACUUGGUGAAAGUGAUUAUUUGAUUAUUUCAUUGAUUUGAUUUGUUUUUAUUGAGAAAUUGCUAUGGCUAUGAUUUUUUCACUAGGCAUGUUGUUACUUGUCUAUUUGGAUGGACGGACGAAAUAUACAUUUUUUUGUAAAUAAAGAAUUUAAUUCAAACACACAAUUUGCUGGAUCAUUAAA